AUGACCAUCACCUCUGUGCAGACCCUCGUGCCGGGUCGCUACUCCGUCAAUGUCAUGGAGAGGCGCGCCGAGAAGCCUCCACCUACUACACACACUGUUCAAGAUUACCCAUUCAAGGGCUAUCAACCUCCGCGGCCAGAUGGAUAUGAGCAGAGCAAGGCCCAUUCCGACACCAGCGCCAUCGUCAUCGACAAUGGCUCUCACCUCGUCAAGGCCGGCUGGUCCUUUGACCAGAAUCCGCGAUUCGUCCUGCCCCCCGUCAUGAGCCGCUACCGCGAUCGCAAGCUCGGCCGCCAAUGCCAGUUUGUUGGAUACGAUGCCUACGUCGAUGCGACCACUCGGGGACAGCUCAAAAAUGCCUUCGACGUUAACUCCAGCGUCGUUGGCAAUUGGGAUGUCAUGGAGGGUGUGCUGGAUUAUAUCUUCCUGAAGCUCGGCGUUGAUGGCGCCAGCGGAGGCGUUGACCGACCAAUUGUAAUGACCGAGCCGAUCGCCAACCUUGGAUACCCUAGAAAGAUGAUGAACGAGAUUCUGUUCGAGUGCUAUAACGCGCCUUCGGUGGCCUACGGAAUUGACUCGCUUUUUGCUUAUCGCUAUAAUAAGGGAACCGACGGCUUGAUCGUCUCCUCGUCGCAUACCUCCACCCAUGUCAUCCCGGUGUUGAAUUCGAAACCGCUGCUCUCGAACUCUUCCCGUCUCAACUGGGGCGGUCAAAACAACGCCGAAUACCUCGCGAAACUACUGAAGCUAAAAUACCCGAGCUUUCCGGCGCGCUUGACAGAGAAUCAGGUUGAAGAAAUGGUGCACAAACACUGCUAUAUCUCCAAAGACUAUGACUCCGAGCUGAGUGGAUACCUCGAUUGGACUGGACUCGAGGACCGCGAUCAUGUCAUCCAGUAUCCCUUUACCGAGCAUAUCGUGCCUGAGAAGACCGAAGAAGAACUAGCCCGGAUUGCGGAGCGCAAGAAGGAGAGCGGCCGUCGGUUGCAAGAACAGGCGGCCAAGAUGCGCCUAGAGAAGUUGGUCAAGAAAGAGCAGGAAUUGGAAUACUGGAAAGAUUUGCAGACCCGGCUGGCGUCUGAGACUAAAAAAGAGAUCCGCCGCGUCUUAGAGUCGGAGGACCUCAAGGAUGAAGCUCAUUUAGAACGGACGAUCCGCGAUCUAGAACGGUCUAUCAAACGCUCUCGCAAUCGCGACCUGGGCAUUGAGGAGGAAGAGAAGCCGGAGGAGGUGAGCUUCCAUCUGCUCGAAGUUCCUAAUGAGGAACUGGAUGAAGCCGGUUUGAAAGAGAAGCGGCAGCAGCAGCUGCAAAAGUCCAAUGUUGAGGCCAGAGCCCGCGCCAAGGCGGAAAAGGCCCGUGAGAAGGCACGCCUCGACGAAGAAGAACGGCUUGACCGCGAGAUGCGCGAGAACGACUUCGAAAACUGGGUUCAAGGGCGACGAGCUAACCGUCAGAACCUUCUGCAAAAAAUCAAAGACCGAGACCGCCUGAAGGCCGACCUCGGCAACCGCAAAUCUCUCGCCAGUCAGAUGCGCAUGAAGACUCUAGCCAACCUGGCUGCCGACGGACCCAAGAAGCGCCGUCGUGGUGGCGACGACGAUGAUUUCGGUGCCAACGACGAGGAUUGGGGCGUGUACCGUACCGUGGCCAAGGAUGAGCAGAGUGACGACGAGGAAGAGGAGGACCUCGGCGGCAUGCUGAACCAGCUUGAGCAGGAACUGCUCGAGUAUGACCCCGAGUUCACGGAGAAUCACACCCUCGCCGCGCAGUCCGAUUGGACGAAAAGUCUCGUGCAUGCGUUCCUCCGCGGCCCAUGGCCAUUUGACCCUGAGAGCCAGCGCGAGGCGCACCAGAUUCAUCUGAACGUGGAGCGUAUCCGUGUUCCGGAGGUUGUCUUCAAGCCUUCCAUUGCGGGCGUGGACCAGGCGGGCCUGAUUGAGAUCGCCGCUGAUAUUGUCAACCAGCGGUUCUCCAGCCCCGAGGACCGCGACCGCCUCCUGAAGGAUGUCUUCCUGACGGGCGGCAACACUCUCUUCACUGGGUUUGAGGAGCGCUUCCGCCGCGAGCUACGUGCGUACCUCCCCUUCGAGGCCGAGCUGGCCGUGCGCCGGGCUGCCGACCCUGUCCUAGAUGCAUGGAAGGGUGCUGCUCAGUGGGCUUCGGGGCCUGAUCUGGGCCGGUCAUCUGUCACCCGGCAGGAAUACUUGGAGAAGGGCGGCGAGUACAUCAAGGAGCACGAUCUAGGCAACGUUACAUGGUGA